CGGGGGCGGAGCUCCGCCGUUUCGGUUGAUGUCGGCGGCGUGCCGGUGGUCUAUCCCGCGCCGCACUACGGCUGUCGUUCCUAUCCUUUUCCGCCGGGUGCACCCGCCGCGCACAGGUUUAUUUGCUUGUGGUACUAAUGUACAUGUUUCCAGUUUUUUACCUGUGAAUUAUCCUAAAGCAUGGAGAACUUUGUUUUGUAUGAGGAGAUUGGAAGAGGAAAUAUGACAGUUGUUUAUAAAGGAAGAAGAAAGGGGACAAUUGAUUUUGUUGCCAUUGUUUGCAGUGAUAAAUGCAGGAGAAAUGGAGUAGCAAACUGGAUUCGUCUGACUCGGGGACUCACACAUAAGAAUAUAAUGACAUUUUAUGAAUGGUAUGAAACAAGCAGCCAUCUCUGGCUUGUAGUGGAAUUAUGCACAGGUGGUUCUCUAGAAUCUGUCAUUGCUCAGGAUGAAUGUCUACCAGAAGAUGUGGUGAGAGAAUUUGGUGUUGAGCUGGUUACUGGUUUAUACCAUAUUCAUAAGCAUGGGAUUAUCUAUUGUGAAUUGAAGCCUGGAAAGAUUCUGUUGGAAGGGUCUGGCACUUUGAAAUUCGGUAGUUUUUGCUGGGCUAGAGCAGAUGGUGAAGACUCGAAAAAAGAUUUUGCUUUAUCUGGAGCUGAAGAAGAUGAAAAUAUUAAUGAAAGCACUCCACAAAGAUACUUUAAAAAUACAGUUCAAGGCCUUCCGUUUUACACAGCUCCUGAAGCAAUAAAAGGAGACAAUUUCUGCAAAGCCAGUGAUCUGUGGUCCCUGGGAUGUUUACUCUAUGAAAUGUUCUCAGGAAAACGGCCAUUCUUGUCAGAAAGCCGUUCGGAAUUAAUUGAAAAGAUUUUAUCUGAAGAUCCAUUGCGACCAGGGCCAGAGGGUUCUGCUUUACACAAACCAUCUGUUGAGUUCAUCAGUUUGCUUGAUGGGUUACUUCAAAAGGAUCCUCAGAAAAGGCUGAAUUGGACAGACCUAUUGCAGCAUCCAUUCUGGAAAGGAUCCCUUAGCCAUUGUGGUGGUGAUUCUGCAGACAGACAGGGCACAAGCUUAAGCAGAGAAGACACAGAGUCAUCAAUGUCUUGGAGUGCCAAAGAGUCAGUGGAUGCUCAUAACAAUCUAGAUAACCUGUCAUCCUCAAGGGCAGGUCCUAAACCAUCAAGCAAUUCUUUCAAAAUAGAAACUCAGACUGAAUUGCGCCCCAAAAGUGUAGCUGAUGGUGAAUCAAAUGAAUCUAUAUUUCUUCUCAGUUCUCGUCCCACACCUAGAACUAACUCUGCAGUAGAAGUACGUGAUGCUACUACUAUCCCAAUCAAAAAUUCUUCACGAGGAGGUUCAUGCUUGAAAAAAGCUGAAAAUGUGUGCUCAAGUCAGCAGGAUAUGGAGUCAAAAUUGAAGGACCUCAUUUACACUGAAUCUGAUCUUAUUGUGACACCAAUCAUUGACAAUCCAAAGAUAAUGAAGCAUGUACCAGUUAGAUUUGACCCAAAAACUUUACAUAUACCAGCACAUUCAGUUGAGAAGCUGUCAUCUAUGAAAGACAUGGACUGGAAUAGCUUCUUGAAAAGAGUGUGUUCCCUGCUUGAUUCCAGUGAGAAGAAUACAGGGGCAGCACGUUCUAAACUGAACUUACUGUACUACCUGUGCACUUUGGUUGUCCACAAGGAGAUUGCAAACAGGCUAAUUAGUUCUCAGCUGUUCCCUAUAUUGAUACAGCAGUUGCGUGGAGCCACCAACUGGGAUGUACGUGCUAAUGUUGCUCGAGUGAUUGGUUUACUGGCAUUACAUACAUCUGAACUUGGAGAAAAUGUACCUGUUUCUGAGGCAAUUACACUUUUAACUGAACUAAUCAGAGAGAACUUCAGAAACAGCAAAUUGAAGCAAUGUUUCUUACCAGCACUUGGGGAGCUGCUUUACCUCAUUGCCAGCAAGGAGGAAAAAGGGGAGCACCCCAGGGAAUGUUGGGCUGUUCCCUCAGCUGCUUACACUGUGCUAAUGAGGUGUCUUCGGGAAGGGGAAGAGCGUGUAGUGAACCAUUUAGCUGCAAAGAUAAUUGAAAAUGUUUGUACUACUCGCUCAUGCCAUGCACAAGGAUUUAUUACAGGAGAAAUUGGACCUGUCUUGUGGUACCUUUUCACACAUUCUACAGGAGAUUCUUUGAAGAUAACUCCUGUUUCGGCUUUAUGCAGAAUUACUCGUUCCUCACCUAAUGCUUUCCAGAGUGUCAUUGAAAAAGUGGGAUUAACAGCUGUACUAAAUUCCUUGGCAAAUGGAAUAUGCAAAAUUCAGCAGUAUAUGCUCACUAUGUUUUCAGCAAUGUUGUCAUGUGGGAUUCAUCUACAGAGGCUAAUUCAAGAAAAGGAUUUUGUGACUACAAUUACUCGUCUACUUGAAAGUCCUUCAACUUUUAUUCGAGCAAAAGCCUUUCUGGUCUUGCUACAAGUUUUAAUUAAUAACAGGGAGAUGUUGCUCCUCAGUUGUCAAACAAGACUCAUGAUGUAUAUUGAAAGAGACAGCAGAAACACCAUGCCAGGAAAAGAGCAGCAAGGUGGCAGUGAAUACCUGUCAAAAUGCCUGGAUCUUCUCAUCUAUCACAUUGUGAGGGAGCUGCCAGGAAUUCUAGGUGACAUUCUCAAUGCCCUAACUAAUGUCGCAGGACGUAAACACCCAUCAACAGUUCAGGCCAAACAGCUGAAGAUGUGCCUUCCUAUGAUGCCUGUGGUGCUUCAUCUUGUGACAUCCCAGGUAUUUCGUCCCCAGAUAGUCACAAAGGAGUUUCUUUUCAACUAUGGCAUCUUACUUGAGUUCAUCAGAUCAGUAGAUUCAGGAGAAACAAACUUGGAUAGAGCAAUAGGGCAAGCCGCAUCAGAAGAAUUGAUUAAGACUACUUUAUUGACCUUUGAAGCAGUAACAGAACAUCCCAGCUUGCUGAUGACCCAUCGCUUGACUGUUGAAGACUCUAUCCUCCCACCACUUGUUUCUUUGGUCCACAGUCAGAAUGUGGAAUGGAGACUCUUCAGCUUGCGGUUGCUCUCAGAAACCACAUCUCUGCUUUUAAGUCACGAAGUCAUGGCUGAGGAGAAAGUGGAGAGCCUCAACUCAAACAACAAGCUUCUGUCUCUCAUUAGAGAUUUACUGCUGCCUCAGUAUGAGCACCUUCUGCUGGCUCCAGACCCUGUACCAAUGUAUGCUCUAAAAUUGCUGGUGGCCCUGACUGAGCGCAGCCCUGCUUCCGUGAGCUUCAUGGAAGAAAUCCAUCUUUUUCCAGUUCUUUUUCAAGUCAUCUUGAGAUACCGGGACAGUAUAUUUGGGAAUACAAUGCAAACUCUAAUUGCUUUACUGAAUAAUAUUGUUGCUAACAAAAGUAUGAACAUGAUGGUACUCUUUGAACAAGGACUGGUUCAUCAUGUCUGUAAUCUCCUAAUAGAAGCUAUGGCCCUGUUCUUGGAGGCAGAUGAUAAAAGGAGCACCAAGACAGCAAAUGUGUUGAUUCUGUCCUUACUUGACAUUUUACAAUAUAUGUUGACGUAUACAGCAAACAUUGUGCGCCAGACCCUGCAGGCACAGAAAUCUGGUGCAGGAGGGGACACACAGGCUGCCGAAGACCUUCUGCUUAUCAAUAAACCCCUGACGGACCUGAUUAGCCGACUUAUUCAACUGCUUCCCAAUGAAGAUACUGAAAUAUUUUUGAAUGCCUCACAGUGCUUAUUAUUGCUGGUUCAGCUGUAUGGAGGGAGCAAUCAGGAGAGUAUGUCUCCAGAAAAUAUGGACAGCUUUGCUGAAGUCCUGAAGUCCAAAAAAGAUCCACGAGAACUUAAGCUUUUGUUGAAAAUUGUAAAGAGACUGAUAACUUCAAACAAGAAGCACUCAGAGAGCCUGAAGAAUGAUGGUGAUGCUCUUAUCCAGGCUUUAGAGAGCCUGACCGAAACUGCCAGCUCUCAUGCUGACAUUGCUUCCUUGGCAUCUGAAAUUCUGAGAACGGUGGGACGUGAAAAUAUCAAGACUCCCAAGUGAACCAUUUUUGACCAGCCUUCUGAAAUGUGCAGGUGACUGCCUCGGCUGUUCAUCUUAAGGGUUCACCUCAUACUUGUGACUGGCACUAGAACAUCAAGACAGACAAUAUUGUUCACCUCAAGCAACCAGUACCAACAACUGUGAUCACACAGGGGAUGUGUGUGGCAUGCAAGGAUGGUAGAUGUUACCCAGGUUUCUACUCAGCAGUGUUUUGUGUGCCCCUCUUUGCAUAGCAUUGCACAGCUUAAGCUACACAGGUGCUGUCCUCAGCUGCCAACACUCCUGACUGCACUUCUUUGAGAACAGGUGUGAUGGUGACUCUGGCAGUUUGUCAAACCCCCAGUAAAAGUUGGUACCCUAGAAAAGAUCCUUUAGAGCUUGCAAAUCCCACAGUGUGUGAAGUUUCCACAGUGUGUGAAUUAUUUUCCACAUGUGCUGUGGUUGAUGUCAGUCUGUCAGUGCACCCACCAAGCGUAAGUGCCUGUGAGAGCUGCUGCUACACCCCUGUUCUUGGAGAGCCCUGUUACCCAGAGUAUGUGCAUACAAGCAAACAGCCCCAGGUAAACAGAUUUCACCUUGUGUGUCUUACAGGAAUUGUUUUCUUACUUUACUUCAAAUACCACUAUCUUUCAUAGCUUGACAGCUGGAGUUAUUAGCAACAGGGAAAAGUUAAGUGCUGGCUAUUAUUUGGUGUAGUGUUUUGCAGUAAAAGUCAAGUAGCCAAGUGUGGGUGAGAGGAACAAAGCUGAAUUCCUGGUGUGAGCCCUCUCCCUCUGCAGCAGAAGGGGAAGGCGGCUGGUGUGGCUCCCUUCAGCUUUCAGCAUCUUGAGCAAGGAGCCUCUGCAGCCAAGGCCUGCUCUGAUCUCCUGCUGGCAAACUGCUGCCUGCAGUGGAAGUGCCUGGGAGUGCUGUUCCCACAGAGCUGGUGACAGCUGCACGGUGCACAUGUGCAGCCUGAGCCAGCAGUCUCAGAACCACUUUGUCCCCUUACAGUCACACAGGUGCUGCUGCAAGGGAAGCCAGUUACACACAGGUUUCAUCUCACACAGCAGCUGAACACUGAGGACACCUAAAAAGGGCUCUGACCCAGCUGAGAGCUUGUGGGCAAGGGCUUUCACUGACCCUUAGUGUUGGGCACCUCUGAGGGGAACUGAGGCAAGAGGCUGCUUGCCCUUUGUGAAGCCCAGAGAGAUGAGGGGCUGGCAGACCUGGCACAAAGUGGAGCUGCCUCACAUCUGGCCAUGCUGAGGAACCUGCCAACGCAAAGCAGGGGCAGGCUGGUGCCACAGAGGACUGCAGCAGGAAACCUCCAGGCUAUGAACGGUAACUGGGCCAUAGUGGGAUCAAAGAGGUAAAUUGUUCUUGGCUCCCCCCACUAAAGUGGUUGCGCAAGUCCCAGACUAUUUCUUAACACACAAAUAUAUUUUGUGAUCUGAAAUAAUUUGACACAGAAUGAAUUAAAAGUUUACUUUAAUUUUGAACCAUUUUAUAACUGCAUUUUUCUCAUGAAGCAUCUGUAUCACAGCAGGCUACAAUAACUUUGGGAUAAAAGGCAACUGGUAAACUGUCCAAUACAAGGUUCCAAAUAAACAGUUCUUACUGGCCCCUACCCAGACAUAUCCCAGAUAAAGUUUUUGAUCAAAAACAUGAAAUAGAUCCACCUGCUUAUUUUAAGCAUAUUAAAAAGGAAACUAA